GAAGGAGUGAUUUCACUUGAUUCCGCGGAGCUGGCUUUCUGGUGGAUUUAGUUUAUGUAGUCUACUUGACAAAUAAGAAUACACACCUGAUUUCAGAGCAUACUUGUUUUACGAGUCACUGCAGUGUUGUGCUGUAGGCUAUCGGCAGAACUACCCAAGUGGAGACUUUGCUGAUGCAUCUUUGCGCGAUCAUCCAUCUCUUGGCGAGUACAAAUAACAUACACAGAGCAGGGGAGACAGUCUAGCCUACAUCAGCUUUCCGAAAAAACACAUCGCCUGUUGUAGCUGCUGGACAUUUCUUGGAGAUAUCCAAGAAUACUGGAGCCGCAGAUAUUGCCUACUUUAUUAUAUUGAACGAUAACACGCCACAUUCUCACCUUCUAUUUGAGGCAAAGAAAUAGAGGUCGACCACCACAACAGCAUAUUGAGUGGAGUCGAAUUGCUGUGGCCGUACCUACUUUGCACCGAGCAAGGAAUAUUUGACAUUCAAGUUUCCGUGGAAGUUGAGCAGUGACGGAAAAUGGGCAUUUAUGGUUAUUUUGUGGCGCCUUGGAAAUGCCUUAUUGUCAUCGGUCUAAGACUGCUAUUCCUUGUACCUGCAGGAGUGCCAGCGAGGAGCGGGGAUUCUUUUUCAAAGGACAACAUCACUGUCAGACAAGGGGACAGCGCCGUCUUAAAAUGUACUGUGGACAGCAAGGUAUCGCGGGUGGCUUGGCUCAAUCGCACCACCAUUCUUUAUGCGGGCACUGACAAGUGGUCUCUGGACCCUCGCGUUGUCCGAAUGGACAACACACCCGUGACAGAGUACAGCAUAAAGAUCCAGAACGUGAAUGUACACGACGAGGGGCCCUACGUGUGCUCCAUCCUCAUGAGCAACAAACCCAAAUCGUCCAAAGUGCAUCUCAUUGUUCAAGUACCUGCAAAGAUCACAAACAUAUCGACGGACAUCACAGUGAACGAGGGCAGCAACAUUACUCUAAUGUGUCUUGCCAUUGGACGACCAGAACCCAACAUCAUAUGGAAGCAUCGCUCGGCAAAAGGCCACAAAUUCGUCACUGAAGGGGAAUACGUUGAUAUGACAGCGAUCACUAAAGAACAGUCGGGAUCCUAUGAAUGCAUCUCCUCCAAUGACAUCUCAGCCCCGGAUGUGAGGACGGUGAAAGUCACAGUCAAUUACGCUCCCUUCAUUUCGAAUGCCAGGAGUACAGGUACCCCAGUGGGCCAAAAAGGGGUGCUCCAAUGUGAGGCCUCUGCUGUUCCUGGGGCAGAUUUUGAGUGGUACAAAGAGGACCGCAGACUCUUCAAUGGACUGAAUGGGGUUAAGAUAGAGAACCAAGGUAAACAAUCCAUGCUUAUGUUUUUGAAUGUUUCUGAAGAGGACUACGGAAACUACACGUGUGUUGCCCUGAACACCAUGGGGAUCACCAAUGCAAGUAUAAUCCUCUAUGGCCCUGGGACCAUGAUGCACGAUGUGAACAGGGCAGCACUGUCGCCCCACUGCUCGUUCUGCCUACUGCUGACUGUUUUCUUUUUGUUCCUACUCAAGUUUUGAUGCAACACAGGCCAUCAUCAGCUUCUAUCAGCACUGAAAAACAACAAGACUCUUGGUCCCAGAAGAAGAAAUGGAACAAAAGGAACCACCAAUAACAUCGUUGGUUUGCUCUUCUUUUUGGGGGGUUUGCAUUGGCGGUAUGUCUUCUUUUGGACAAAAACCAGAAGAUGGGACAUAUCUAGGAGGGUGGGGAGGGAGAGGGUCGACCUGGAAGCUGAUCUGAGGUGAUGGUACUACCAAGUUUGUGUCACUCCAACCUUUUGUAUGUAAAAAAGGGGAAACAAAAAGUUAAUGUAAGUGUUGAUAGUUGACUGGUUUUGCCCAAAUAUUGAGGUGUACAUUCAGAUUACUGGUGUGUCCUGUCCUGUUUGUUCUCUGUACAAUAACAUAAGCUUUUUUAUUAUAGUAAAUUACAAAAAAAAUAAAACAUGCAAUGUGAUUGUU